CCAAACGUUGUCAAAUUCUUUGGAAUCGCCGCUUCACGAGAUCCUUUCAUGAUUGCUAUCGAAUUCUGUGCAGCCGACUCUUUGGAGAAUAAGCUUAAGAAAGUGCCCAUCACAGAUUUUGAAAAGAUUCGAUAUCUUUUCCAAGCAGCCAACGGUCUUGACUAUCUUCAUGAGCUAGGAAUUGUGAGAAACUGCUUGCUCACCGAUGAUGACAUUCUGAAAAUUGCGGAUUUUGGGUUAUCAGCUGAUAAAGGAGGCACCAAGCACAGAGCAGAGAUGGUUCCAGUAAGAUAUAUGGCACCAGAAGCCGUCGAAAAGAUGAUAAGUACAAAGGAAAGUGAUGUUUAUGCAUUCAGUGUAUUGAUAUUUGAAGUUUUUCAUAAAGCUUAUGAACCUUUUGGAGAGUACGGACCAAGAGAACGAGUGCCAGAAGCAUUGGGCAAAGAUGAGGUGAGAUUAUUGCAGUUUGAGGAGAUUCUGUACCAAUUUCGGUGUGGAAAUUGCCAAAACAUGUAUUUCAAAUUUUCUAGUGUUUGUUUUUUCUCUAAUACUUGCUCAUUUUUGUUUCAAGAUAUUAAUUCAUUUCAGCUGCUGAGCUACACUUUAAAAACAUUUUCCUAA